AUGAGCACCGAUGAGGAUAUAUCGUCGGAGGAUCGUUAUCGUGGUCAGAGGGAUUACUGGCGUCAAGUUGCGGAAUCCGAUGGUUUCGAUCUCGCUGAUAUUUCACUACCAUCAUAUAUGUGUGGACAUAUCACUGGACUGUUAGCCGUCGACUGUCAAAGUUAUUAUUCUUAUCGUGUAAUGGUCCAGCGUUAUGCUAAGUUGGGGCUUCAUCGUUACAAUAUGUUGAAGGGGACGAGAUUUGAGCUCGAUUCCCUAAUAAAAUUCAAUAAGUCACCGAGCCAUUUGGCCUCUUACUACAUGACUUUGCUUGCACACGAUCAAGAUCCAGCUGGUAGCACACUGCAGAAAACUUUUCAGGUUCGGGUUGAUGAAAAAGAAUUUCGCUGUUUGGAUUUGGGGUGCUCCAUUGCUAGACUUAAAGAUGAAGAACCUGGCACAGUGACCACCAGGAAGCCCUUCGUACCGCACUUUCAUCGUGGCGCAGUGGGGGAUGGUAUCUUCAAAGGUGAAUUGCCUGAUUGGCCGUCCGAUGAUGAUUUCAAUGAUGGAAAACGAUUUUACAUGGUGAAGGACUCAGAGUGGCAAGCCACUGAUUGGAUUUCUAUGUAUUUGGAACUUGUGAUUUGUGCAAAUGAUAGGUCGAUCAUACGUGUAAGUUGUGUAUAUAGAUUACUGCCGCAGCAGCAGUCAGAUGAGAUUCUGUCCAAGUUGGAGAUUGUGAAAGUCGCAAUAGAAACUGGUAUUGAAGACGUGGAGCCGUCCAACAAGAGACUCAACGCAAAGAGUGCAAAUGUCUACAUAACAUUUAAGGGCUUGACAGAGCUUCGAGUCUUUAAACGUGUUUUCGAGAUUGGUGAGCAUGUUGAACGCAAAGCCAUAGUUAGAAGAGUCAUCGAUGAGCAUACAGGAAACCUGACUCUCUUGGGUAAGCUUUGUGGUGGUCAAUAUGCCAAACCGAAGUGGCCUCCGGGUGUGGAGAGUCCUGUCGAGAGUCCUCCGGGUGUCGAGAUUCCUGCCGAGAGUCCUCCGGGUGUGGAGAGUUGUAAAAAGCGACCUCGUUUAGGCUAG